AUGGCUCAGUGUAAAUUAACACCACGUGAAUUUAUCAGCAAUGCAUUUUCGCCUCAAAUCGGUGCCGUCUGUUCGGCAGCUGCUGAUGCUGUCUGUCAGAAAAAUAAUUUGUCAUUUAUUGAAUUAUUACAACCUUUUUGUAAUCUUACAACUGAAGGUCACAUAAAAGAUCCUCAAGGAUCAACAAUCGCGGUGCGAAAUCUUCGUCUGUCAAUUCAGGACAUUUAUGGCCAACCACCAGAGCCCAGUGUGGCGAGAAAAAUGCUCAAUGACUCUGUAAGUUCAGAGCAAUGUGAACGUACUACUUCCAUAAGAAUAGGAUCCACUGACCUGGACAUUCCACUGUCAGUUCCUUGGUUCGAAUCUUGGCGCGAGAUGUUUCUCAACGUGCAAUUUCCCUCCGACCAUGAAUUCACCAAACAUUUUUUAGCCUGCAUGAUUGUUGUAUCGACAGCUGAUGAUAAUCCUUUGGAAAAAAUUCAACAAAUGGCUGCUCAAUUGCAUCAGAGUACUCCUGGAAAGCUGCCAAAAUGGUUCAACAACAAUGCAUUGAGAUAUUACAUUUUAAUUUAUGACGGAGCUCAGGAUGAAAAAGCCAAAGCCGAAUCGGUGUUUACAGAGAUGAAAAACCUAUACGACGCCAACAACUGUUUCCUCUUACAAAUGAACUCGCGACCACCAGGUCAAAUGGAUGACAACAUGUACCUCCCGGACCCUUGGAGCCAGUUCUUAGUAAAAUACACCGACUUAACAAGCAGCGACCACAGUAGUAGCCCCCGAACCCCCGCAGACACCGGAGGAGUAAGCGCAAUGCCUAAUCAAGUGACCAGCGGAACUGAUAAGCCUUCCAGCCAAGCUGGAACCCCAGUAGCGCCUCAAAACCCAGUUCUACUAUCUCCCGACAUCACUGACAAAAUAUCCCUAUCCUCCGAGAUCUCUGAAGUAGUAUCAAUUCCCGUAGAAGUAGCUCAGGAAGUCGUCCCCGUAACAAUCCAUCCCUUGAGCCCCGACAGCGAAAAGCGCUUCAGUUCUUUCUCAGACUCCGCCACAAAAUCCCAAUAUCAGCCAUUAACAGGCUCUCCAAUAAACGCCAAUGUAUGGGCAGACUCUCCAAGUCGCCCUAUUGCGCAGCACGGUGCAAGACUAUCAACUCAAGACCUGGAAAGAAUUAGAAGUUUAGUAACAGAAUUUUGUAUAAAAAGCCUCCUGCCUUACGUUGAGAAGCAAAUAGGCUUAUUAAAUGACGUCAUUUCUAAUAAAAAAGGCGUAAGCCGAUCACUAUUCAGCGCAACCAAGCGUUGGUUCGGUACCAGCAAGCCCGGAGCUCCAGGAUCUGCACCAAGUAACGCGGUAAUUUAUUCUUUAGAGUCCUCCGAAUUACAAUUACGUCGGCUAGGAGAUCUUUGCUUCAUGUUCGGUCAUUACACGCUAGCCUAUCAAGCUUAUCACAGCGCAAAGCGUGACUUUGCCGCGGACCAAGCUUGGCUUUACUACGCCGGGGCUCUAGAAAUGGCAGCACUAAGCGCGUUCAUGCAAGGAGAAAUGACCAGAAAGACAGUAGAGUACAUGGACGAUGCAAUUUUAACUUACUCUAACUCCUGCAAGAUGCCUCAGUUCGCAACUCGCGCGACGAUCCUCAGCGCCGAGUGUCUAAAAGGCCGUAACUUGUACGGAGACGCUGCCAAGCAGCUGAUUAGGAUGACCAGUGAAGAUUCUGACCUAAGAUCAGCUCUGCUGCUCGAACAAGCGGCCUACUGUUUUAUUUCUUCAAAAAUGAUGCAUAAGUACGCCUUCCACGCAGUAUUGGCCGGUCACAGGUUCUCCAAAGCCGGCCAGAGGAAACAUUCUUUAAGAUGUUACCAACAAGCCUACCAAGUUUACUCCAACAAAGGCUGGGCCCUCGCAGAAGAUCACAUCCACUUCACAAUAGGCCGGCAAGCGGCUUCGCUGAAGCAAGUUGAAGAAUCUGUUAGAGCUUUUGAGAAACUUCUCAGUCCUUGUAGUAAACAGCCGGCUGUUCAACAGGCCGCUUUUCUCCGUGAAUUUUUACAUAUUAAUAAUUUAGUUAUCCAGCAAGUACCCGCGCAUUUUAAUGGACUUCCAAUUCUACCUCUACCUCUUAUUGACGGCAACGAAAUUAAAGUAUUAUUAGGACCAAUUGGUGAUAAAGAUUAUGAUUUAUUUGAUCAAGAUGACACUGAAGUUCCUUCAAGGUGGUCUAAAUUAGAAGAAACUCUUGUUACAGAAGCUCAGGGCAGCGCUCCGAUGAUUUUUAAACCCUCUGUAGCGCUUUAUUCUAAAAAAAGUAACAAUACUUCAAAGCCAAAUGCUAUUGUGGAGGAGCCUAUUCACUUGUCAGUAGAACUACACAAUCCUCUGAGGAUCUCAAUCCCGCUUUAUAAAAUUAAGCUUAUAUGGUCGUUUACUAAAGACGGACAGACUGUAAGUAAUGAGACUAUGUCUGAAAACUCGCUCAGUGAUUUUAGUUCUGUUGAUACUAAAGUUGUAGAGUCAGUUGUUCUUCAACCGAGUUCUAAAUUAAGAGUUUUCCUAAGUUGUACCCCAACUCAGAUGGGCGAAUUAAAGAUUUUAGGGAUUAGUUAUUCCCUAGCGAAUGCCAACGGUGCUACUAAUGAUCUACCGGUGGUGAAUCCUUCAAUUAUGAUUCACGGGAAAAGAUUGUUUGAAAUCAGAGGACCCAAAUUGAAGAAUGUUAAGGAAAAGCCUGACGCUAUUUUUUACGGAGUUGAUUAUAGGCUUGAUAUUAAUGUUGUUGACAAAGCGCCUUUUAUGCAAGUUUCUUUUACUAAAGUAAUUACUGAUAUGCUCUGUGGAGAAAUGCAACGGGUUGAAGUUACUCUUAAAAAUAUUGGAAGCGCUCCGUUGACAAAUAUUUUUGUCGGGUCUACUGAUGCAAGAUUAUUUUGUUUAGAACGGGGAUUAGAUUCAAAUAUUAGUAAUAAUUUAGUAAAAAAUAAUUGUGUAACGAGAAUUGUUUCAGAAAAGGAAAUUUUUGUUGGAGAAAGUUUGAAAGUUCCUUUGUGGAUAAGAGCGCCUGCUGAAAAGGGUAGUCAUAGAUUGGACUUGUUAUUUUAUUAUGAAAAUCCGAGAGGUAAAAGUGUACCAAGGUACCGAGUUUCGAGACACUCUUGGCAAUUGCAAGUGAGUAAUUCGGUUGAGAUAAAGACAAUUGUAAGACCCAGUGCUGUUACUAAGGACAAUUUGCCGACGAUGAAUUUGGUGGUACAGGUGAAAAAUAGUAACCAGUCGCAUGAGCCUCUGCGCAAUGAAGUUACUUUGACGAAAAUGUCGCUUAAGAGCGAGAGCUGGAAAUUGGUAGCUCCGGCGGUCGACAGUUUUAAGUAUAAAAUUCAGCCACAAGAAACUUGUCAUUUGUUGCUGAAAUUAUCGAGGAGGUUUAAUGAUGAGAGUGUCUGGUCUGAUGUCUCGUUGAGUGAAUCCGAUGGAACGUCGAUUGCCAAUACUCCUUAUGCGGAGUUUGUGGAGAAAAGAUUUAGUUCUCAGGAAGCGGGGGAGAGUAAUCAAAUUUUAGGUUUUAAUUCACCGCUGGUGGAUACUGUUAAGUUGGGAGCUACGAUGAUCUUGAGGUGGCGGGCUAAGGUCAUGGAGGGAGAGACGGUGGUUAGGGAGACUACUGGGCAGCAUCAUGUUGAUUUAGAGCUGGUUAAUAAAAUGUACAAGCAUCCGGAAGAUGCUUUGACGGAGCCAAGUGAGUAUUCGACGAGGUUGAAGAUCUUUGGGCCUGAUAGGAAUAUUCCGGAUUCGAAUAGUGUUGUUAAGAAGGAUGCUGUGGAUGAAAGCGAGCUGCAGAAAAAUGUUAUCACGUAUUCUCUGGGGCAUUCGAGGGAAAUUGAGCAUGAAUUUGAGAGGAAUCAGAUUUGUAUUGUGCCUGUUACUUUGAAUUUGCAGAAUAAUUCGCAUCAAUUAUACUUGCCAAGUGUAAAAUCACAACUUUAUGUACCUCAAGCAUCAACAUACUUUCGUUACGCACGACAUACAACGAUUUGCUGUCAAAUAGAGUCUUACAAGCGACACUCAGUUAAAUUGCAAGCAGUAAUAUCAUCUCCUGGUACUUAUGACUUAGCGUCGCGGCUAGAUUUAUCGGCGAGACUCGAGCAAUUUGAUAACUUUGUACCUCAGAAGUGGCGCCUGGAAAGCGUUUGUACAGUUAGCGAAGUUCAUUCAUAA